CAAAACAAGAGUGGGGUGAGGGGGUAAUCGCGGUUGGUGAUGAUGGAUCUGAGGUUUUCCGGUCAAGAAGCUUCCCGCUGUGUGUCGAGUAUCUGUUGCGGUUGCGAUAAUAGCUGUCGCCAUCUCCGCUCUCCGCCUUGCAUGUAGUCAGGAGCCGGCAGAAGGAGAGUGAUAAGAUUGUGCUAGCAUUGUGUUAGCUCGCAGCGCUGCUGAUGCUACGAUUUCGUAAAGGUGAUCUCGAUUUCCGGUCUCAAGAUGACAAAACGGCAACUCUUUCUGAUGUCCUCGUCCGCCUUGCACGGUUAUGAGUAUCUGCAGCAUGCUGAACAGGAUCUUACCCGGUUUCUGCAAGCCAACAAGGUGAAACAGGUCGUGUUUGUACCGUACGCCCUGACCGACCAGAAAGCGUACACGCAGCGUGUUGCCACCGUGCUGGAGCGAUGGGGAUUUGGCUGCGUUGGUUUGGAUGCUACCGUGGAUCCUGUGCGGGCGGUGCAGGAAGCGCAGGCGAUUUACAUUGGCGGUGGCAACACGUUCCUGCUGUUGCGCACGCUGUACGAGAAGCAGCUGGUGACGGCUAUACGCGAGCGAGUGCUGGAGCACGGCGUACCGUACAUCGGCAGUUCGGCCGGCACGAACGUAGCAACCUGCAGCAUCCAGACGACUAACGAUAUGCCGAUCGUGUAUCCGCCUAGCUUCGAUGCACUCGGACUGGUGCCGUUCAACAUCAACCCGCACUACCUGGAGCCAGAAGAGGGGAGCAAGCAUCGGGGUGAGACGCGCGAUCAGCGGAUCGCGCAGUUCCACGAGCUCAAUGAUGCGCCAGUGCUCGGACUGCGUGAAGGUGCUUCGCUGCUGGUCGAAGGUAACCGUGCCACGCUCGUCGGUACUUUCCCUGUGCGCCUCUUCCGCAAGGACACGGGUGCACCGACCGAACACGAACCGGGUACGGAUUUGAGCUUCCUGCUCUAGACCCCCGGCUGGCUGGCAUACAAUUCUGAUUUGAGGUAAAUAAAAUUCCCCAUGGAACCUUUCUGCAAAUCUGCAAUUCCUGUUUUCUGG